UAGUUACAGAAAACGUUCAUAUUCCGGAUAAAAUUACGUUACGCGUUAGUCGUAUUGAACCUGUACUACAAGCCGAAUCGUAUUUUAACAAUCAAUAGUAUUUCUUCGGACAAAGCAGUGAUAAACCAAUUGUUUUAUAAAAAUGGCAGGAGUUGGAAAUGGGUGGCCUAAAAGCGAACGUGCGCUGCUCUGCAUGAAAUACUUCCUCUUUGUGUUCAAUGUUCUCUCUUUCUUGACAGCUGUUGUCAUCCUCACUCUUGGAUUAUGGAUCCGUUAUGAUUGGGAUUUCAAACACUAUAUCUUGGAACUGCAUCUGUAUCAGUUUUGGACAGGAGUUUAUAUUUUGAUUGCCGCUGCCUCAAUCGUCAUGGCCCUAUCGUUUAUUGGUUGUUGUGGAACUAUAACGGAAAAUCCAACCAUUUUAGGACUGUACGGUAUAUUACUAUGUGUGUGUUUCGUCCUGGAAAUCGCUGGAGUAGCCGUCCUUUUGAAUAAUGGAACACUGUGGUCUAAUGUCACGUGGUGGCUACGCGAUCGCUUUUAUGAGCUUAUAUAUGUAAGCGAUACUAACGCAAGAGAAGCUCGAAUUCUUCGCAUCAUCCAAGAAGAGGUUGGCUGCUGUGGUUCGUAUAGUUCACUGGACUACAUCAAUGUUCACAAACCAGUUCCGAACGAGUGCAGGGAUAAGGCAACGGGCAACGAAUAUCUGGAUGGGUGUUAUAUCCGAAUGUCACGUUAUCUGGAAGAACGCAGUGGUUGGAUCGCUGGGAUUGCUCUGUUUCUUGCAGUUUUACAAAUUCUAGGAAUAACUGCAAGCUUGACUAUGCGACACACGUUGCGAAAAUUGGAAAACGAAGGAAAAGUCUAUAAUCCAGUAAAGAAAUCCAAAGCCUAAAUCAUUUCGCCGUUUUAAUUGCUUUAAUGCAGCAAAUUUGCUUUUACAAAUUGAACAUUUAACUGAAUCCUUUUUUUCACAACAUUCUACAACUUCAUGUAAAUGCCUGCUAGAAAUUGAAGAUCAAAAUAUACCGCAAUCUUAAAAUUGAA